CGCUCGCGUGCGCGCGUCCUCAUGAGAAGUUUGACCGGAGCCGGCUGACAGGAGGCGACCCGCGCUUCCCAUUGGCUCUUUAUUCCCGAGCACCGCUCCGCAGGACAGCCAGGGCUGCAUGCCUCAGCGCCAAGAAAUUGCAUUACGUGGGAGACUUCCGUUAAAGAGACACAAAGACGUUUCUGGAGGAUGGAGGAGAGACUGGAACGAGGACGCGUGCAGGAGAACGGACACAGCGAUGGCACGGCCAGAUACGCCCGCUCCGCUCCCUGCACCAGUCUGAGGAUGUUUUUGGUGGCUUUGUCCUUCGCCUAUUUUGCAAAGACUCUGUCGGGGAGCUACAUGAAGAGCACAAUAACCCAGCUGGAGAGGCGCUUCGACAUCCCCAGUUACCUAAUAGGUGUCAUUGAUGGGAGCUUCGAGAUAGGUAACUUGUUGGUGAUGGCCUUCGUCAGUUACUUUGGGGCCAAGCUCCACAGGCCAAAGAUCAUUGCUAUGGGUUGUGUACUGAUGUCUAUCGGCACCUUCAUCAUCGCCCUGCCUCACUUCAUUAUUGGACGCUAUGAGUUUGAAACAUCGGUGCGGUGGGUUGUGAACUCAACCAAUAAUCCCUCUCCGUGUCCAGCGGGCUCACCAGCCGACCGCACACCAGACGGUAAACUGCCUCAAGUGCCAGCUGCAGGUUGUGAGGGCGAGUCCAACUUGUCCAUGUGGAUCUACGUGUUUCUGGGAAAUGUGUUGCGCGGCAUCGGAGAGACACCGGUUCAGCCUCUGGGGAUCUCUUAUAUUGACGAUUUUGCGACUGAGGAGAAUGCUGCGCUGUAUGUUGGCUGUGUGCAGACCAUCUCAGUGGUUGGCCCCGUGUUUGGUUACCUACUGGGCUCCCUUUGUGCCAAAAUCUACGUGGACGUUGGAUUUGUCAAAAUGGAAACCAUCAGCAUCACUCCCGCAGACUCUCGCUGGGUGGGGGCCUGGUGGCUGGGUUACCUAAUAGCCGGGGUCAUCACCCUGCUGUCUGCCAUCCCGUUCUGGUUUCUGCCUCGCUCUCUGCCCAUAUCCGGGCCCCGGGCCCCAGAGAAGUGCACUCAGGAGCAGACGAGUUUCAUCAAGGACUCUCCUCUUCUCAAGCACAAGUAUCCAGCAGAUGAACACACGAGUUUUAUAGAAAUGGCCAAAGACUUCAUCCCGACCGUGCGAACUCUGCUGGCACACCCCGUCUUUCUGAUCUACUUGUGUGUGACGAUCAUCCAGCUCAACUCUCUCAUCGGCAUGGUCACUUACAAGCCCAAGUACAUCGAGCAGCACUUCAGGCAGUCUGCUUCGAAUGCCAACUUUCUCAUGGGCAUGAUCAAUAUCCCCGCUGUGGCGCUGGGGAUGUUCUCUGGCGGUCUGCUGAUGAAGAGGCUGAAGCUCAACAUCAUGGGAGCUGCCAAGUUUGCCUUUGGCACGUCGCUGAUUGGGUACAUCCUGUCGCUCUUCUUCUUCGCAAUGAGCUGCGAGAAUGCCAAAGUAGCCGGAGUGACGCUGUCGUACGACAGUAUGGAUGAGAUCUCGUACGAUAAGCACUCAGUGUUCACAGCCUGUAACUCAGGCUGCGCCUGUUCGUCGAGCGACUGGGACCCGGUGUGUGGAGAGAACGGCAUCACGUACGUUUCUCCGUGUCUCGCUGGCUGCACCACCUCUGCUGGCUCAGGGAAAAACACAGUCUUCUCUAACUGUAGCUGUGUGGGUGUGGCUGGUAACUUUACGGCCAGUACAGGUCAGUGCCCUCAGAAGGACGACUGCAACAGGAUAUUCCCGUACUUCCUGGCCCUCUCCGUCAUCACUUCCUUCAUCAUCUCUCUUGGAGGAACGCCGGGCUACAUGCUCCUCAUUAGGUGCAUCAAACCACAGCUGAAGUCUUUGGCCUUAGGCGUCCACGCUCUGGCGACGCGCACCCUCGCCGGAAUCCCGGCUCCCAUCUACUUCGGAGCAAUCAUUGACACCACGUGUCUGAAGUGGGGUCAGAAGCGGUGCGGCGGCGUCGGAGCCUGCAGGAUCUACAACACCACUGCCUACAGGAUAGCGUACCUGGGCCUGACUCUGGGCCUGCGGACCAUCUCCUUCAUCGUCUUCAUCCCGGGAUUCAUCCUGCUGAGCCGACAGGUGAGGCAGGAGGAGCGCAGCGCCCUCCACGGCGCGCUGACCAACGGAGGAACUGAGCUGGAGGCGCUGAGGAAGGAGGAGUUCGUGAUCUGCAACUCGGAUCAGCCCCAGCAGACCUCGGACAACAGCAUGGACAGACAGACGCGGCUGUGACGGACGCCCCGGGUUCCCCAUCACACGCUCGCACGUCGACAGCCUCAGCGUGUGCGCGCCCAAACUGGACACACGCACACAAAUGAGAUUUGCAGGGAAUAACACGUCGCAUCCAAUCCUCUCAUGUAAAGCAGAAACUCUAUAUUUGUACUACGGGACCAGUGAAGGUUUUGUUAAUUUGAGAGAAAUUUAUAUAUGUAUUUAUAUAAUUGAUAUAACAGAACUAUUUCUUGAAUGUACAUGCUUUUCUUUUUUUUUUCUUAUAACCAAAAGCAUAAUAAUUUUUUUUUUUUUAGUUUAAACGCUGGCACAAGAGAUUAGAAAGGAAAUGUACCUUAUACAAACUACUGCAACACACAACAAUUAUGAACACCAGCAUUUACGAAGCUGCCUCUUCUUGACUCCUCUCUCAGAUUAAAGGUUUCUUCCUGACUCCAGUAUUACACAACAGCAACGUUAAAGUGGCCUUAGAACCAAGAGGCGCCGCACUCUCACAAAUAUGUACAAACUACAUAAUCACACGAGGAAAAUCGGGCCUUAAAAGUAGUGGGGGAGUGAUUCAAGUUCCUGUGGAAAUACAUAUUCGGAUCUGAAUUUCAGGAAGUUGUAGAGCAGUGGUUUUCAAAACUGU